AUGACUUUUCUUUCUGAUUGCAACAAUCCAUCAUCAUCGUCAUCAGCAACAUUAGCAUCUGUUCUAGUUAGCAACGUUGAUAUGUUAACCCAGAUUCUAUUACGUUUACCAGUUAAAUCCCUGCUAGUAUUUAAAUAUGUAUCGAAACAGUGGUUUACCCUCAUUUCUGAUCCAUUUUUCUGCAACAAAUACAAUAAACUCCAAAAAUCACUUUCAAUCCGGGGCCUAUACACACAAAUCGAUGGAUCAUGUGGUGUUUCCUCAAGACUCCAAUACGUUCCCCUUGAUGGAUCCACAUGGACCACAUCCUCUGCUCCCUUCAAAACACUGGAUUUUAUUAAUGAUCCAUUAGGUAUAACGAUAGUGCAAUCUUGCAAUGGUCUCAUGUGUUGCAGGAGCAACCCCAGACCCGUGGACGACUUCUAUAGCACAUAUUACGUUUGCAAUCCGUCUACGAGACAAUAUCGCUCAAUUAUUUGUGAAUCUAAGAAACGUGAGAAAGGUUAUGAACAACUUUUUAGUGUCAGUUUAGCAUACGACCCACUCAAGUCACCUCACUACAAAGUUGUUUGCAUUUGGUUGGUUGCAGAACCUACAUCUUUUAUUUUUUGUUAUCAAAUUGAGGUAUACUCAUCUGAAACAGCUUCUUGGAAGCUAUCUGGAGAGGUUUACACAUUUUUCGAUGGGACUUUUUUUUACUUCAAUGUUGAUCGAGAGUUAAGAAUGGAAAUGAGAAUGCCAGUCUAUGACAAAGAGCUUUAUAUGGAGCCAAAAAACUUUGGCGAGUGUCAGGGUCGCCUAUAUCUUACACUCAGUCGUAUGUCUAGACAUACCAAUUUUGAAAUCUUGGAAAUGAAGACCGACUACACAGGGUGGAGCAAAAGAUAUGCUGUUAAUCUUCAAGAAGUGGUAUUAGCAUAUCCAGGAUUUGACUUUUAUUUAUCAUAUCAAUUCGAUGUAUUACUUGUCAGGGAAGUAGAAGGAGAGUCUCCGAAGAACAUGGUAUUAAUGCGAGUAGAAGAUAAAGUUUUUGCUUAUGAUCUACAUGACAUGAGCUUUAAGGAAAUUCGAAAAGUUACACGGGAGAAUCAAGAAAAUGUUGCUUAUCAAUACAUUGAGACACUCGCUUCUGUUUGA